CGCCAGAGACCACGGUGAGCAGGCGGUGUCGGUGCGCAUAGCAGCCGGUGUGGAGUUCCGCUGUGGUGCCGCGGUUUGUCGGAAAAGCUGGACUGUGCUAACGGACCGCCGGGCUCACAGGAUACAGGCAUAAGAUGUCAACGCUUCCAUAUCCUCACGAAUUUCACGAUGUCGAUGAUGAGACCAACGCUCGCGUCAAGCGGCUUGUGCCAGGGCUGGCUGAAGGAGCCAUGACCAUCGGCAAGGACCGUUACUUCUAUCCAAAGAAGGACCACGAGGCCUUCCACAAGAUGUACAAUUACCCUCUAGACGAGCGAGAUAUAUGGGUGGUGACGAUGCCUAAAUGUGGCACCACGUGGACGCAGGAGAUGGUCUGGCUGAUCGCCAACGACUGCGACUUCAAGGGCGCUCAGAGCAACCUGGUUCCGGACCGGUGGAAUUUCCUCGAGAUGUCCUACCUGGUCUUGGCGUCAGACGUGCGCGCCAAAAGCGUCGCCUGGGAGGGCAUCAAGGCCAACCCGUGGAAGAUGCCUCAGAUUCUGUGGUUGGGUCUGAAAAUGGCUUGGCCUCGAAAGUACUACCCUCCGCGGUUCAUCAAGAGUCAUAUGCCGUUCUCUAUGCUGCCUCCAAAGCUCCUGGAUACGUGCAAGGUCGUCUACGUGGCCAGGAACCCCAAGGACGCUCUUGUAUCGUACUACCACCAUCACAAGCUGAUCAAGAUGAUGGACUUCGAGGGAACAUUCGAGGAGUUCUUCGACCUCUUCCUCGAGAACAAGGUGGUCCAGGCUCCCUUCAUGCCGCACGUCAAAGAGGCUUGGGAGAAAAAGGACCACCCAAACCUGCUCUUCCUCUUCUUUGAGGACUUGAAGAGUGACCUAAAAGGGAACAUCAGGCGAGUGGGUGACUUCCUUGGGAAGACACUUUCGGAAGAGCAGGUCGAACAGCUGUACGAGCACCUCAAGUUUGACAACUUCAAAAAGAAUCCUUACGUAAAUAAUGAUCCGCUCAAGGAGCUAGGCAUUCUCUCCACAACUGGGAACUUCGUCAGGAAAGGUUAGUACAAUCUUGUAAUGGUAAUGCUUGCCCGCUGUCUGUCCUAGACAAAAACGUUUUAUUGAUAGUGUUGUAACUUAUACUGCAUUCGGCUUGGUAACUUGCACAAUGCACAUAAUACAAUUGAUGCUGG